UCUAAAUCUAAAUUAUUUGAUUUUUAAAUAAGGUUUUUUUAUGAUUUAAGAAGAAUAAAAGGUAAAAAAAAAUGUGUCCGGUGGAUAGCAUGGCUUUAGCCAACAAAAAAAAUUUAGUAGACAAAUCUAAAUUGGUUUCGGAACUUCACCGAAUCAACAAAGAAGAAAGAACCGACAUCAGGCUCCUAAACAACGCGAAACAACGCUUCAAAAAUCGCUACAACAAAUUAGAUUCGUUCGGGGGGACCGAAAAAAGCAGCAAUGAUGACCCCUCGGACGUUGUAAUGUACGAAACUCACACCCCCGGGUUCUGUUAUCGCAGAAACGGAGAGUGCCGAAGCACUCAAAGUUCAAUCAAAAACACCGCUUUGGGAUACAACGAUAUUCACGGAAUGGUUUUUUCCGACGACGAAGUGGAUAUUGACAAGAUUUUGUGCCUACUUUUGUUGAGAGCACAUUCAACGGAGACUUUAUCGGCCCCGUCAAAGAAUGAAAAACCCGGGAAAAUACUCCAAAGGGAUCAAAGCCCUUUAGAACGCCUCGUGGAGCGAUCAAAAAAGAAAUAUGUCGAGGAUAAGAUGAUUAAGAUGCUUCCUAUUCAUGUUUUAACUGUUAAUCGAGGGAAAUCUAACGAUGUAAUAAGAGAUGGACGCUUGGCGGCUCGAUUAAUAAUUAAUGACAAAUUAAAUCAAUUAAUUAAAAGUGUGAUGAUGGCUCUGGAUAACUCAAAUAGUGAUAAAUUAAAAGAAUUAAUCGCUAAAGCCCAUAACAACGAUUAUUUAAAACACCUGAUUUGUCACCCUGAUAUGCAAGACUUUAUUAACAGCUUAAAUGGGUUCAAUGUUGUAUCUUGUUGCGAAUCCUUCCAAAUGACCCCCCCUUUCAAGUGCAUCCCAAUCGAAAUUAAAAUAAAAACCGCAACUGGUUACGUAGAAAGCCUCGUUAAUCAAAUUAGAAGGAACAUUUUUAAGCUCCCCAUUAAUUGUUGCUGGGAAAAAGGGGGAAAUAAUUUUUUUCAACUCUAUUAUAACCCGUUGGAGUGCCCUAAACGCACCGAAACGAUCGAUGGAAAUGAAAAAGAGAUUUUUUCGGAGAGAUUAGAUGAAACCCAGAAGCAAUCUUCAUCAUUUGGGACAACGAGCAAUCUUUUAAGCAGGCCCCAGUCGAGUGCUGGAAGAUCCUCGAUUACGGGAAGAACCGAGUCGAUGGAAUCAAUCGAUGAUGAAAAUAAUAAGAUUAAUGAGAAACGUCGCAAAUAUAAAAAUCCCGGGAAUAUUAAUAAAAUGAAUUUGGAUGAGGUUGCCGCUUAUAUCACGAAGAAGGCGAAUAACGCGAUACAAAAAGACCUAAAGAAUCUACAACAAAUUAUUUUUCCCAUUCAGCAAGAUCAGGAAAAUAUCCAAGAAGAAUUGUCGAAUUUCCAAUUUAUUCCACCGAAGGAAGAGAUAAAAUAUGGAAAAAAAGGGAAACAAUAUUCGUUGAAACAAACUACGUGCCCCGCGUGUUGUGAAAAGUGGAAAGUGCCUCUUCCGCCGCCGAAAUCUUCGGUGAUCAAAAAGAACGUUUUGCAAAAACAAGAUGUGGCUCCGAGUGAUAGUUCGCAUCAUUUAUCGAUGGUUUUAGAGAGGGAAUUGCAAUUUUGGAACCAAUACAAUACCAAAUCAAGUCGUAGUAUAAUUAGUGCUUCGAUGAAAAUCGCACCGAAACGAUUUUAUAGAGCUAAUGUAAUCGAAAUUAUCGAUUUGGACGAAUUAGAUUUGGCGAAAAUUAGACAACAGAUUCGCGAGAGGGAAACCGGGAAGAAACUCCAACAAUUUCUUACUCAUUAAAAAUUAAAUAAAUUUAGAAUUUUGGGUUUAA